CAUUUUAAUGGCUCAAUCUUGGAAGCCUCUCUUAAGCACAUCAGGGCCAUAGUCACUCACCGCAGUCCUCAAAUUUGCAGAGUUUGGAUCGAUAGGUACUAUGGGUAAUGAGAUGGGAAACUCAAAUGCAACAGGUCUGCAAGCAACGGAGCAGGACAGUACUGAAGCUAUGAACGAAUCUUCAAACUCUUUGGCUAUGUCGAAUAGUGUUGAUGGCCUGAAAGGGGAAACUGAUGGUCUUGCAGAUGGUAAGCAAGCUACUGAACAACAUGAUUCUGAGGAUGCCACAGCUGGCAAAACUCCAAAAGCUUUGAUCAUGUCAAAUAAUGUCGACGAGGAUUCGAAGAGUGAGAAAGAAUCAAACUUUUCAGUAGAAUUUGACAACUUACAUGAAAGCAUGCGGCGUUGGCUUUUGAUGACCCAUCAGCAACAGAUGAUGAUCUGAUUCGGAAGCAGACGUCUGAGGAAGAGGUUAGUGCUCAUCGUGAUUCAACUAUCAUUCUUUUAUGGUUUGUUUUCAUGAUGAAAUGCUUUACUAGAAUACUGCUAGCCUGUAAUGGUGUGUAGGUUUGUUUACUUCUUGCUCGUAUCUCUGCCUAUAUAGGUACAUAAAUUGAUUAAUUGAUCAGACCUUUUCUACAAAGAUAUGUUAUAAGAUCAUGUAGAUGUAAUUGAGAAACAAAAAAUGGAAGAUCGUAUACGAAGUCAUUAGGAUCUAAAAAGGAUGCUCGGCAUGUUCAAUUGUCAUGCAUAGAAUUGACAAACAACUGAUAAUUAAAAUGUCUGGUUAUAUAGAAAAAAGUUCAUAACAAAAGUAAAAUUAACGCAUUAUUCAGUAAUAUACCUAUUUCUGGGCACUCUUUUUAUAUGUGGAAUUUGAUUGCAACAGAGGAACAACAGAUCAAGUCAUCACUUGACACUUUGUCUAGAAAUGGAGAAACAUUAACAGUCCCAUCAGUAGAUCUAAAGAACAAUGAACCCACCAGUAUGACUUGUAAUGAAUCCGUUUGCUGAAGUCAUAAUGGAACAGAGGGUUAGCAAUGAGGACAGUGCAGGAUCUGAUGGAAGAAGGUGUGAUGACUUGGGAAAUGGGAAGGGGAGAAAGAAUGAACAAAGUCACUGUCACCAAUUCCGACCCAAUAUAGAUAAUACUAUGAAAGAAAAUCCAGCAGUUGAGAGUGGAUCUUGUGGAGAGGGAGUUUUGAUGAACAGUAAUGUAGUUGAACAAAAAAAUGAAGAAAAUGGAGGGCAAACAACUUCCUGAAUUUGAUAUGGUAGCAAAUGAAUCCUCACCAGUGCAACAGAAAAAUAGUUCGUCAAAUGAAUCCAUCAACAGUGUUUAUUUGGAUGCUGUUGAUUCUGAAAUUAAAAGUUUGAUUAUAGAAGAUCCAGAAGAGGUUGAAAAUCACCUGAGAUAAACCCAGAUAAGAAUGACAUGGGCGUAAAUCUGACUGACAGUGAUGAUUAUAAAGGGACAUUAGAAAAAGAAACAAUGAAGGAUGAUAUCAGAUGUGAGAGUAUUGCUUCCCAACUUAGAGUCAUAGAUCCCAGCCAAGAAGAAAAGCAGGAAAGCAAGGAUGGUGGGUCGGAAGAUUCGGUGAUAGAGCAGACAGCUCAAAAUGAUGAGACAAAGAACAUUAAGAGCACACAAGAAAAGCAACAAGAUUACGCAUCAAGUUUGAUGUCUGAGGAGCAAAAUAAACAUUCAGAAGGAGAGAUGAAGAUAGUGGAAACAGGAAUUACUGUUUUGGUUGUAGAUAAUUCAAUCACAGAUAACAAACAUGAAGAAAUAUGGAACACAGCAAUGGGGGAUCAUGCAAGGAAAACAAGCUUGAGGACAACAAAAUCCAUGAGAAAGGACUUUCUGAAUUAUCCUCAUCUUUGUCAGAUCCUGUUGCAACUUUGAGUAAAGAGAUGGCGAUCGAAUCAGAAGAUUUAAAUGAAACACAAAAAAGUGAAGAAGAGAUAACUAUCAAAUGCGAAGAUUCGGAUGAUGAAGCCAAUAUGUUAAAAGACAAUGACAUCAAUGGGAAAAGAUUUUUCAUAUUGUCCUCAAAUUUGUUGGAUCCUGUUGACACAGCUAGUAAAGAAAUGAUGAAGGAAACAGAAACAAGAAAAACUGCAGGAGAAAAAAGUGAACUUCUUGUGGAUGAUCAAAACAAAGAUGUUCCAGAUGCAACCAUGUCUGAGGAGGAACAUGUAUAUGAGAUAAAUUUAGUAGAAACAGGAGCACCACCUGCACCUCUAAUAGAACCAUCUGAUAUGAAAAAAAACUUUAUCCCGCCACAUCCUGUUUCUCCAGACUGCUUUCAAGAAAUUGAAUACCAACAAACUACAGAGGAAUCUGAAAAAGAUAUUAAGAUUGACUCCUUGAACAACGUUAGUGAAUGCCUCGACGUCUGUUCAGGGGCUCCCAAAUCAAACUGAUAAAACUACUGACACGGUAUUUAAGCCAGAAAAUAAGGACCAAAUUCCAUGCGAGAUAAAUUCAUCCCCGAGCCAGAUGAGGACUCAAGCAAAUGAAGUUUCAAAAUUUGAAAACAGUGAAUCAGUUGUGAAUUUGGCAAUGCAAUCUAGGAAAGAGGAACAGGAAUGCAAUUCAGUGAGCCAUGCUGCUGUCCAUGUUUCAACUCUUGAUCUCAAAGUACUAGAAAGCAGUGGGAGAUUUGGCACAGAAUCAAAUGAAGAAAAGCUCAAUGGAUGGACUGAUGAAACUACAGAAGCCGGCUACUGUCCUGAAAAAUCAAUUGUAGAAAGUGAAAUUUCAGCACCACAGUCACACAAAGGAGGCGGUGAGGAAAUCCCACUACAUCCUCCAGCAGAAAGCGCAAAGUGUCUCACCGAUUUAUAUGAAGCCCCGGGGAACUCUGCAAAUAACAUCAGCGAACUAGGAGUCAGGACUGAAGUAUCUAAGCAAAAUUGUUUUCCAUAUACUGAUAAGACUGCUGCAGGUGUUAUUUUGGGGUCUGAAAGAAGUGUUACUGAAACUGAUGGGAACAUGACAAGAUACCAAACCACUGCAAGUCAAGAACUUAUCAGCAGGAUUGGAGCAGGAACUGAAGUUUCAAUACUUGAAGCCAGCAGUGAAGAAUCUGAUAAGAGCCUGCUUCUAUUCCAUAAAAAGCCCAUGGAGUGCGAACUUCCAACAUUGGAAAGAAGUGACUCCGGGAAGCUGAAAACACCACUUCUCAACCUCAUGAAAGAAGAAGCCUGUGUUGUGAAGUCGCUGGAGAAAAAAGUAGUAGUCCUGAAAAGGAUGUAGAUGAAGUAUGGCAAUCUCCUGCUAAGAAAUUUGAGGCUACAUCUCCCAGAGGGAGAGGGAAGCACAAGCCUAGAACAUCCCUUUUCAGCAACUGCAUGUGCUGCACAACAGCAAUAAAUUAAAGCUAUUUUUAUUUUCCUUUAUCAUUCUUUCCUAUCUGUUCGUUUGAGUUACAGUUUUUGGAUUUAUUGAGUGGAUGUGAAGAGGAUGUAAUAAGAUCUGAAUUGCUUGGGUUUCACAAAUAAAGGAAUCUGGCGAGAAUUUGGAGAGAUCUCGUAGAAGUUAACUUUGGCUGCAAUACCUUUGUCAUUGUUUCUUUUUUUUUCUAAGUUUUGUAAACAUUUUAUUUUAUGAUGUAUGUGUGUAAGACUUUUACUUUGAGGUUUAUAAUCUUAUGAAAGAUUAAA